GUUGAGUUGUCGAUACUUUUUUUGUUUACUUAUUAAAAAUUAAUUGGCGAAUUAACUUGGAAAACAAACUUGUUUUAUCACCUGUAAUGAACACGACGACCGCCUGAGAUUUUCGCAGCAGCCGCUCAACAUGGCUCACUCGAAGAAGGCGCGUAAAGCUGCCAGAGACGCGAAUGCCCAGAAGUCUGCAGAACCAAACACAGAGGAAAACCCGGUGCCCAAAAAGGACCAAAACCCAGACGAUCAUAGUAUAGGAUCCCCCACAGCGGACCAGUUUUUGGAAAGUUUGCUCCAGACCCUCUACAAGUCAUGGCUUCAGGUGCGUCGCCUGGCCGAAUUUGUGAUGUCCGAGCUGGGCGGAAAUGAUUUCCUGGAGGCCAUUGCGGCCUGGUGCGCCCGGAAUCCACAUAUUGCCAUCUGCCUGCUUGCUGGCGGUCUUGUCUUCAUACUCCCCUUCCUUAUAAUCUUUGGUUUCGGAAUAGCCACCAUGGUGAUGACAUUCACUGGUCUGCUGGUACUAGAAGGCACACUUCUCACUAUCGUGUCCAUGGUGUUCUUCGUCUGCCUGGGCGGAUUCGUCAUCGUUGUUCCUCUGUUCGGGGUCGCCGCUGUGGCUGCCUAUUUUGGCUUCGCCCAGGUGUAUGGGCUGUACGACGGCAUGGAGCGCCAGAAGAGCGCUUUGGUCAAGUUCGUUAGGGAUCAGCGCAAGAUAAACGAUCCACCGCCAGCUCCUGUGACCAUUUCCGAGGAACCCACUUCGACUUCAUAAGCCCUUAUUGCUUGCCCAACAAACAGUUAUUAAAUAAAUAAAGACCAGUGCUUGAAUGUUUCCUAAA